AUUGCGUCAUAUCCGUAUCACGGCGGCCUUUCCGCUUUGUGUAGGAACGAAGGCUCGUUGUACUGUGCAUUUAGAUUUUAGCCAUUUUUUUUACACAUCGUUACCAUCUUCCAUGCUGGCGUGCACCGUGUGAUGAAAGCUUCAUGAACGAGCGAGCAAUUGUGCUUCGUUAAAAUCUGCUGCUCUUGACUUGGACGUGCCAGACCUUCCGUGUGCCUGAUAUGGAAAUCUGUAACUCAGCCGCCGAAUCGUAGGAAAUUGGAAGUCAGCAAAUUUACUUUCAAGUGUGUCAUCGGCGAGGGUCACAUCAGAAGCCGCCUCAUGGGAGACAUAUGGGUGCAGUGUUUUGCCUGCUGCGUAACGGACCAACCUCCUCCCAAACGGCGUCGACGGCGGAUAGAUCGCACCAUGAUCGGCAACCCUACAAAUUUCCAGCACACGGCCCACGUUGGGUCCGGUGACAUGGGCGUUCACCUGAAUGCUCUACAGAACCAGAUGGCAUCUAAGGGAGGCUACGACUACGCCAUCCCCGUAGACGUUGCCAUCCAGGUUGUGGAUGUACAAAACUGAAUACGACGUCGUACUUCACGUCACUGUAAGAAAGUGUGCGUCAGUGCACGCAAGUGGCCAGCGUGCGCGUGAUGGUUGGUGGACCCUUGAGUGAUAGUGGACCCUGUCUCCUCCCCCCCCAGUGUUCUUAAUCUCAUUUUCUUACGCUCCUCGAUGUCACCCCCCCCUUCGAAAAAUGUGCACGUCUCUAUAUUUAUACAUCUAGGUUAUAAUUGCGAAGCAGGCGGCAGAACACGAGCAGAAACACGGCUUAUCUUUACGCAAAAUAUUCGGGGAAGACGUAGCCUCCUUUUUUUAUAUCGGCCUAUUUUAAAGUGCAAGCGGGGCAGUUGAUUCUGCUUGUAAAGCUUGAGCAAUUUUAAGCUAGAGCAUUGUGAGAUGUUUUGUGUGUGUGUAGAAUGUUUUGCAUGCUUGUAAAUAUUUUGCAUUUGACCGGAGGGGACCUGCAGCGAAAUGUUGUUGCGCAAAGUUCAGGAUGAUGCCGGCACCAUUUCUGGCGGGAAGAAGAAAAUGUGAUACAACUGUUAUUGGAACUUGCUCGAUUCUGAAGCUUUUUUUUUUUUUCUUUUUCUCACUGCGGAUUCCUUGGCACUGUGUUUAUGGUGAUGCAUGCUAACGUGUGGGAAGCGGUGAAUAUAGCUUGCGCGGAAAGAUUUUUUUUUUCAAAGCUGACUUGAACGAAGGUACCUCGAAUAAAAAAAAAAAGGUUUCCUAGA